AUGUCUGCCUACUCCAUGCCAAGCGCUAUGUUCAACACGUUUUUGGAUACCGAGACCGACAGCGAAGGACAGAGCUCAUCUCCUCUUUCUCAUGGCUGGCACUUAACCCAGCCUAACAAUUGCUCUUAUGCCUGCCCUAUGAGUAGCCCGUUGAUAUCGCGUGCACGAUCAACUCUGGCUCCAUUCCCGGAUGCCAUCUCCAUACUCACGCCCACGCCCGAGUACCUGUCUACCGGGGCCCCGAGACUGGUCCCGGUAUGGAAGAGGUGCUGCCAGUGCAAGAAUCUGACCAAUCCUCAUCUGGCACCGGAGAAGUGUUCUAUCUGCUCCCAUGUUCCAUGUCCGGAUUGCAGCGACGAGAAUGUUCCGGCAUAG